CAACAAAGGAUCAAAACUUCUCAAUCUUUGCUGUAAAUCUCUGCAUAUUCAGGUUUUGCAUUUCAGAUUUUCAUACCUAAAAUUGGGUAAGAAAGAAAGAAAGAAAUGAAGGGCAUGAAAGGGAAACUAGUCAAGAAGCUGAAAUCAAUCAAGCCAAUUGGUUACUUGAAGCUUGAUCGAGUUCUUCAGGUGAAUGCCGCAGAUGGGUUCAUCGAAACAUUGACAAAGAGCCCAAGUUUCAGUGCUGAAACUCAGUUCAUACCCAAAGAGCCAGUCCGAGAAAAGGUUGAAGAAACAAGGGUUCUGAAGCAAGAACCUGAUAUUAUUGAUGUAGCAGAGCUCAUGAGAGAUCUUGAAGAAGAUGAAAUGGAAGUUGAUGAUGAUACUGGCGAUAAGGAAAAUAUUGGGCCGCCAAUUGGGGUUAAAGAUAAGAUGGAAACUUCUUUUAGACAGCAAACACCUUUGUUAGAGAUUAACAUCUCAUCUUUCCGACGACCAGAUUUGAAUUCCGGUACCCUUUUCGACCCGAACCUUUUAUCAGCCUUUGAACAAGCGGUGAAAGAGCACUUUAGGUUGAGUGAAGCAGAGAGACAAGCAAGAAUUGAGAAAGAAAAUCUUGAAAGAAGAAAACGAGAAGAAGAAGAAGCAGAGAGGAACGCGAGAAAUCUUGAAAAAUGUGAAGAGGAACCUCCAUUAAAAUCCCGUAGAAUUGAAGAAGAAGAAGAAGAAGAAGAAGAAGAAGAAAACCCUUUAUUAAGCUUUGAAGAGAAGUGCCCUCCAGGAGAUAGUGACUCUGUAAUUCUCUACACAACAACGCUUAGAGGAAUACGAAAAACUUUCGAGGAAUGCAACAGCAUUCGCUUUCUUUUAGAGAGUUUCCGGGUGAUCUUCUGCGAGAGAGAUGUGUCAAUGCACAUGGAAUUUAAGGAGGAGCUAUGGAGAGUUUUGGAAGGUAAAGUAAAGCCCCCAAGACUUUUCAUUAGGGGAAGAUACAUAGGUGGUGCAGAGGAGGUUUUGAGGUUACAUGAACAAGGAAAGUUUAGAGUACUUUUUGAAGGAGUUCCAAUAGAUAAAUCUACAGGGCCCUGUGAAGGAUGUGCAGGUUUCAAAUUUGUGGUUUGUUUCAAUUGCAGUGGAAGCCAUAGGAUUGUUGAAGAUGACGGAAUGUCAAGGAAAUGCCAGGAUUGUAAUGAAAAUGGUCUAAUAAUCUGUCCCCUCUGUUGCUGAAGAUAAAUUGUAUUUGGAAGCCUUUGUUGUAUCACUUUGAUGAUAUUCCGUUUCAGUCUUUAUUUGUUUGGGGUGUUAUAAUCAUUCUUCAAAUUCUUUUUGUUGUAAUGCUUGGCAAAGAGGAUGGAAUCUGUGAGUAUAGUGUAUUUGUUUGUGGAUUGGAAUCAGCUUUUUCCAGAUUCACUAUGUAAAAUUCAAACAUAAAAAACACACUUACCUUUCUUCCGAUAAA